AUGACGGCAGUUGUAAAAGGAAACCUAUUAAUAUACAAAGGUUGUAGUUUUCUUAGACAGAGAUUGAUUUUGUCAGUAUUAAGUGGAAAACCUGUUCGGAUAUUAGAAAUUCGAACCCUAGAAGAUGAACCUGGUUUGAAGGAAUUUGAAAUUAGUUUGAUUAGACUUCUUGAUAAAGUAACUAAUGGUACAGUAAUCGAAUUAAAUGAAACUGGUACUUCUUUGUAUUUUCAACCCGGUAUACUUUACGGUGGCGUCAUUGAACAUGAAUGUUCAUUGCAAAGAGGCAUAGGUUAUUACUUGGAGGCAUUGUAUAUGCUGGGCCUUUUCUGUAAGCAACCGAUAGUAGCUACAUUAAGAGGCGUUACGAGUAAUGCUAUUGAUCCAUCUGUGGAUCUAAUGAAGACAUCAAUGUUGCAGACUCUUAAGAAAUUUAUAUUAGAUGACGAAGGACUGGACUUAAAAAUAUGUAAAAGAGGAAUGUUGCCUCUUGGUGGCGGUGAAGUUAUAUUCAAAUGUCCGAUAAGAAAACAAACCAGACCCAUACAAUUGAUGGACGAAGGGAUGGUCAAAAGAAUAAGAGGCACAGCAUAUGCUUUGCGGAUUUCUCCAGCUAUAGCCAACAGAAUGGUAGAUUCAGCAAAAGGGGUCCUUCUCAAUUUCAUUCCUGAUGUGUACAUAAAUACCGACCAAUGUAAAGGAAAGCAGUCUGGAAAAAGUCCAGGGUUUGGAAUCCACCUUAUGGCCGAAACAACCAAUGGAGUUAUUUAUUCAGCUGAACAGGUGUCCAACGUUAUUUCAAAUGGGGAAGAGCCGUCACUACCAGAAGACUUAGGGACGGGAGUGGCUCAGAGGUUACUGUAUGAGAUAUAUUUGGGCGGAAUGACAGAUUCCACAUCUCAGUCGUUAGCCAUACUUUGUAUGGCUUUGGGCCAAAAAGAUGUUUCGAAGCUGGUAACGGGGCCUUUGUCGGAACACUCGAUUUGGUUUUUAAGACAUUUAAAAGAAUUUUUCGGUGUGACUUUCAAACUUGAAAAUUAUGUGAGUGAUGAAGAGACUGGCAGUAAUGGGUCUGAAAAAGUGUUGUUGACUUGUGUCGGUAUCGGGUACACUAAUAUUAGUAAAAGGACUAUAUAAAUCUUUAAUCUUUGUUUUUGUUUUGUGACAGACAUUUUGGUUAUAAAUAAGUGUGGUUAAAUACACAUAAUUAUGUAUUUUUUAUGGUGAAUAAAAAAGA